GCUACGAGCGCGGCGGGAGCGCGUUCCAGCUCGGGCCCCGGUGCUAUCCUCCGGUCCGCCGCGCUCCGGCCUCGGGUCUCGGGGCGGAGAAGCUCGGUGAAGCGGACGCGGGGAGCAGGGCGGAGGGGACGAGGCGCGCUGCGCUGCCGCCCGGUCCUCACCGGGUGCUGCGGGCCCCCGGCGCGAGGGGCUCCGCGGCGCGCGCACUAUGCGGGCGGAUUGCCGGCCGCCGCGAUGGCGAGCCGGGCGCCGCUGAGAGCCGCGCGCAGCCCGCAGGGUCCCCGAGGCCCGGCCGCGCCCGCCGCCACCGGCCGGGCCGCGCUGCCCAGCGCCGGCUGCUGUCCCCUCCCUCCUGGCCGCAACUCCUCCUCCAGGCCUCGGCUGCUCCUUCUGCUGCUGCUCCUACUGCUCCAGGACGCCGGAGGCCAGCAAGGUGAUGGAUGUGGACACACUGUACUAGGCCCUGAGAGUGGAACCCUUACAUCCAUCAACUACCCACAUACCUAUCCUAACAGCACUGUGUGUGAAUGGGAGAUUCGAGUAAAGACGGGAGAAAGAAUUCGCAUCAAAUUCGGUGACUUUGACAUUGAAGAUUCUGAUUAUUGUCACCUUAAUUACCUGAAAAUCUUUAAUGGAAUUGGAGUCAGCAGAACGGAAAUAGGCAAAUACUGUGGUCUGGGUUUACAAAUCAAUCAGUCAAUUGAGUCCAAAGGCAGUGAAGUCACAGUGCUGUUCAUGAGUGGAACCCAUGCUGCUGGGCGAGGAUUUUUGGCUUCAUACUCAGUUAUAGAUAAAGAAGAUUUAAUCACUUGUUUGGAUACUGUAUCUAAUUUUUUGGAACCAGAGUUCAGUAAGUACUGCCCAGCUGGCUGUCUGCUGCCUUUUGCUGAAAUAUCUGGAACAAUUCCUCAUGGAUACAGAGAUUCUUCACCAUUGUGUAUGGCUGGAAUCCAUGCAGGAGUAGUGUCAAACAUGCUGGGUGGCCAAAUCAGCAUUGUGAUUAGCAAAGGGACCCCGUAUUAUGAAAGUUCUUUGGCCAACAACGUCACUUCCGUGGUGGGAUACUUAUCUGCAAGUCUGUUUACAUUUAAGACAAGUGGUUGCUAUGGGACUCUGGGGAUGGAGUCUGGUGUGAUUGCUGAUCCCCAGAUAACAGCAUCAUCUGCACUGGAGUGGACUGACCACAUGGGGCAGGAGAACAGCUGGAAACCGGAGAAGGCCAGGCUGAGAAAGCCCGGGCCUCCCUGGGCUGCUUUUGCCACUGACGAGCAUCAGUGGCUACAGAUAGACCUUAAUAAGGAGAAGAAGAUAACAGGUAUCGUAACCACUGGGUCUACCGUGGUAGAACACAAUUACUAUGUGUCUGCCUACCGAGUUCUGUACAGUGACGAUGGGCAGAAAUGGACUGUGUACAGAGAACCCGGUGUGGAUCAGGACAAGAUAUUUCAAGGAAACAAAGAUUAUCACAAGGAUGUUCGUAAUAACUUUUUGCCACCAAUUAUUGCACGUUUCAUUAGAGUGAACCCUGUCCAGUGGCAACAGAAAAUUGCCAUGAAAGUGGAACUGCUCGGAUGUCAGUUUACUCUCAAAGGUCGCCUUCCAAAGCUUACUCCACCUCCUCGGAACAGCAAUAACCUCAAAAAUACUACAGCUCGUCCCAAACUAGGUCGUGCCCCUAAAUUUACUCAAGUGCUCCAACCUCGAAGUCGGAAUGAACUUCCUCUACAGCCGGCAGAGACAACUACCACUCCUGAUAUAAAAAAUACAACUGUGACUCCCAGUGUAGCCAAAGAUGUCGCACUGGCUGCUGUUCUGGUCCCUGUGCUGGUCAUGGCGCUCACCACACUCAUCCUCAUUCUAGUGUGUGCUUGGCAUUGGAGAAACAGAAAGAAAAAAACUGAAGGCACCUAUGAUUUACCCCACUGGGAUCGGGCAGGUUGGUGGAAAGGAGUGAAGCAGCUUCUCCCUGCCAAGUCAGUGGACCACGAGGAGACGCCCGUGCGCUACAGCAGCAGUGAAGUCAGUCACCUGAGUCCGAGGGAAGUCACCACCGUGCUGCAAGCCGACUCUGCAGAAUAUGCUCAGCCCCUCGUGGGAGGAAUUGUUGGCCCACUCCAUCAGAGAUCCACCUUUAAACCCGAGGAAGGAAAGGAAGCAGGCUAUGCAGACCUCGAUCCUUACAACUCUGCAGCGCAGGAAGUGUACCAUGCCUAUGCUGAACCGCUGCCCGUAACGGGACCUGAGUAUGCAACCCCAAUCGUCAUGGACAUGUCAGGGCACCCCACAGCCUCAGUUGGUCCGCCCUCCACAUCCACCUUCAAAACUGCAGGGACCCAGCCUCCCGCUUUAGUGGGAACUUACAACACUCUUCUCUCCAGGACUGACAGCUGUUCCUCAGGCCAUGCUCAGUACGACACCCCAAAAGGUGGGAAGUCAGCUGCUACCCCAGAGGAACUGGUGUACCAGGUGCCCCAGAGCACCCAGGAACUAUCAGGAGCAGGAAGGGAUGAGAAAUUUGAUGCUUUUAAAGAGAUCCUUUGACGGUGGUGCUGCUUUUUGACAAAGCAUCCAGUUAAAGCACAUGGCUUUUUUCAUUCUUAGUGGUAGUGAUGUAGAAUGUAUUCCGUAUCUGUCACUGAAGUGGUUAGGGGAAUGUGGUGACCGAGGUACAAGAGACUACUUGCCUUGCCAUCUUGCUUUAAAGGUGUUCCUGUGUGGUACAGUUACUGCUCGCCUGCUACCUGUCAAACACCCUGUUUGUUACUACUGUAAAACACUAUUUUUAGUACAGAAACAAAGCUCCCUGUAACGCACUUCAGAGAAACUGAAAAUCACUGAGUAUUUAUUACCAAUGCUGCAGGCACAUGGAUGAACUGAGAUGGUUCUGUAAGCCUUGCUGGCAAUAAUGCAUGGUACUGUUCUUGAAAUAUCAAAUGGCUUGAAGUUCUCCCUUUGUGAGGAUGGUACUAUCACGCGUCCCUUUCCCUUUAAUCCUGUAGUGCUGUCUGCAUUCUUUUUUUUUUUCCCCUCACACCCAUCAGUGAUUAAUAAGCAUUGUUCUAGCUAUGGCCACAUACACUUCUCUGUAUUUCCCUAGGAAGGUACACAGUUAGAACAGGCUGCCUUGCCAUGAGCUGGGGGACUGACUCCUUGUAUGAUGAUGACACUCUUAACAGUAUUAACACCUCCUGGUACAGGGCGUGGUCUCACCUCUGCCCAUCCCACCCACCCUUUGUGGCCUCUCUCCAACCUGUGUUCAUAAAUGCUGGUGGCCUCCUUUUCAGUAGCAGACACGGGAAGCCAGCCCUUCCUGUCUUUAAAUAUACUUCUCCACAGGGAAAUGGGAGAAAAGCAACUUACAAUUUAGAAAAGCUAUAAAGGGAGUCCUCUGCAUCACUAAAGUAAUAUGUAAAUUACUUUAGGGAAGAAGUUAAGGGGGGAGUAAAAUUUAACCUUCUUUGCUUUCUUUAUACACAAGCCCAAAAAUUUGCAAAAUUUCUGUGCGGCCCAAGGUAUUUUAUAACUUUAGUCAUUUUUUUUUUUUUUAAUUUCAAUUCUCUUCAGUAAACCAUUGUAAGAGAAAGAAAACCAACAUGAGCCAGGUCUGAUGGUUCAAGCCAGCAAUUCCAGCUACCCAGGAGUCUGACACAAGUGGACCCCAAGGUCAGUGCUUUAUAGUCUACAGAGUGAGCUCAGGGUUAACCUAGGCCACUCAUAAAAUACGGGGUAGAGCUCGGCUCAGUGGUUUAGUGCUCCAGUACAACAAGUGCAAGGCCAUAGGUUCAAUCCCCUACACUACAAAAAGAAAAAGGCAACAGGCGUUCUCCACAUGUGUGUGAUUUCUGCCUUCUGCCUGGGGAGAGGCCAACGUGGUCCUUUGUGUCGGACCUGGUCGGCAGAGAUGCUGUGCCAUCAGAAUUGUGUGUAAUCCUUCCCAGCAAUGUCAGUGCUUGACUCACAUCAGGUAGGGUAAAUUAGACAUUGCAGUGGAUCAGCCUGUAGGCUGGGCACGCACUGAAGCAGCACAUCAGAUGAAAACACAAACUCUAUCCCUUGCCACAAACCUGUGUGUAGGUUUAGAGUACACUUGGCCAUGAGGUCCCCAGCUGUUUCUCAGCUUGUACCAUCCUGGUUAUAGAACUGCCACACUUCUCUAGAUUUGGAUAGCUAUGAACAGUACUGACUGUGCUUCCUUCUGCAAGUACAUCAGCGUUUUGAAACAUUGCUCAACAGUGUUGGCAGGCUCCAUGUCACCUCCUCAGACGGUUUGUCUCGCUUUCAUUGUAAACUGCCUUUCGUCUUGCCGAGUCUGAGACACAAUCUCUCUCCUUGUUGAAAAAAAUCAGUGCACAUUUUGUUUCAAAGUUGUUAUGAAGCAAAAAAAAAAAAAAAAAA